AUGGGUAAACCUUCUUCCUCUCACUCCAAAUUGACAAUGAAGCUUCUCGUCGACACUAAGAACAACAAAGUUCUGUUCGCUGAAGCAUCCAAAUCGGUUGUUGAUUUUCUUCUCAACAUUCUCUAUUUGCCUUUGGCUACUGUUUCUAAACUUGUCGAGAAAAAUGGAAUGCUCCCUGGCAUAGGUAACGUCUAUCGUAGUCUCCAAAACCUCUCUGACAACAACAAUAAGAUGGACAUGCAGGUAACUGUUGGAAAUAAGACCUUUUGUGUUUAA